AUUCAAACUUUUUCCGCGAAGAGUCAUGUACCGCUAGGGUUCGAGGUUCUCUCUUCUCUGCUCGUUCGUUUGUUCCUCACAAUUUAUGAUUGUGAUCUUCACUUCUUCGUUAGUCCGUGCAUUGCCUUGUGAUUUUAGAGUAAGUUGCUUACAAUUUUCACUCAACAAACCGAAAUGAUCGUUGGCGAGAUGAGUAUUAAUGCAAUUAUGGCAAUACACGGCAGUACUUUAGCAGCUGGUCGAUCAAUGAGAGUUGCCUGCAGGAUGGUAAAUCAAACUCAGUCAGACACGACGGGUGUUAGGUGCGACUCUCUGAGUGGACUGAGUUGUAAGCAUUCAAUCCCCAUGAACAAGAGUAGCUUCCUAAUUCUCCAGUUUCCUGUGUCGGCUUACAGUGGAAAGGGGGAUUUUUCCGGUGGAAGAAAGCCAAUCACACAUGUCCUUUUUGACAUGGAUGGCCUCUUACUUGACACGGAAAAGUUUUAUACUCAAGUUCAGGAAACUAUACUUGCUAGAUACAAUAAAACCUUUGACUGGCCCCUAAAGGCGAAGAUGAUGGGAAUGAAAGCAAUUGAAGCUGCAAAGCUCUUUGUUGAAGAGACUGGGAUCAGCGAUUCACUUAGUGCUGACCAAUUUCUUGCAGAAAGAGAAGAGAAGCUGAGGAGUUUGUUUCCAACUAGUGAGCUUUUGCCAGGUGUUAGUCGUUUACUCAAGUAUCUACAUGCAAAAGGAGUUCCUAUUGCCUUGGCAACUGGUUCUCACAGGCGUCAUUUUGAAUUUAAAACUCAAAGACAUGGAGAAAUGUUUUCCCUAAUGCAUCAUGUUGUUCUUGGUGAUGACCCUGACGUUAAACAAGGCAAACCAUCACCGGAUGUAUUUCUUGUUGCAGCCAAGAGAUUUGAGGGUGGACCAGUAGAUCCAAGUAACAUACUUGUUUUUGAAGAUGCACCCUCUGGAGUUCUUGCAGCUAAGAAUGCUGGGAUGUCUGUUGUUAUGGUUCCUGAUCCAGGGUUGGACAAAUCUUUUCAUGGUGCAGCAGACCAAGUUUUGAAGUCAUUGUUGGAUUUCAACCCUGCUGAGUGGGGCUUACCUCCAUUUGAUGAAGAAAAUGGAAGUUGAAUGUGAGUUUCCAAGACUGUUUGGUCGGUUUUAUUUCACUGGAGGGCAGAAAAAGCAUUCUCUACUUUCUCCCACAAAUGGAUAUAUAAUUAACCAUUUCUUUGGAGUUCUAGUUACACUACUAGACCUUAAUAUUUCCAGAGUUCUACAAUCAAUACCAGCUGGAGAUUUUAAAGAGAGGAUAUAUUGUUUAUGAAUAUUCUCUUGUGACAGAAAACAUGAUUUGAUUUGAAUUGAAUUUUUUAUUCCGAAGAGAUAUUCACACUCAGUGUUGGAUUGUUUCGAAGAGACUUGUGUGUUGACCAAAUCAUUAUACACUUAGUGUAACGUUUUGCUUCGCAACACGAAAUAUCACAUAAUUUGCACGAUUGGUUGAACUUUGAAUUGAAAAUCUGACUGGUUCACUUCUAGUGCGUAUAUAUAUUGUAUUGUGUUUUAAAGGGAACAUGCGAUAACAAAUAUUUGGGAGAGAUACUUAUGAUUUGUACUUUACAAUUUAUUUAAUAUACUUGUUUUAUAAUGCUUCUAAUUGUUAUUUUUAGUAUCGUGAAUGGACGUUGAAAUGUAUAAAUAACGUCAAGAAGGUCAUUACUCUAUACUACAAAAGAGGAUUGGUUCACUAAUGUCAUCGUAGACACGGGACUAGCUGACUUCUCCACCAUAAAUUCAACAUAGUUUAGUUUACUGUGGUCUGUUGACAACCUUUUAGAGAGAUUGCAGAGGAAAUGAACACCUUCUAGUUGAGGAGAUUAAUGACAUUUGUUGAUGUGUCCUAUCUUCUGCAUCUUCCAAUUCAGGGAUAUCUCCUUGACCACACGAAUAUUACCAGAAAGGAAGGAGCAAAUUUGAUACAAAGGCUGCAUCAACUCAUGUUUUGCCUGCUCUAAUGACUCUUGGAUCUG